AUGACCCAACACCGCCAACCCCAACCCCACCGCCGCUCCACCUGUCACCGCCACCCCACCACACCCAUCACCGGAUUCUGCGCCCCUUGCCUCAGCGAACGCCUCGCCGGCCUCGACUCCGCCUCCUCCUCCGCCGCCGACACCGCCGCAGGCGGUGUUCCCCCAACUUCCCAGACCGCGCAUUCCGGGCCUUCGGAGCUCCGCCGCAGCAAAUCGUGCUGCGGGACUCGACCCGAGUACCCGCCGGAGCCUCCGCGGCGAAAGUCGUGCGACGUCAGGAACCGGAACACUCUCUCGGAGCUUUUCAACAUCGACGACGACCGCAAGGGCCUGCCCAGAAACUUCGAGAUCGAGCCGAGCGGGCAUGGCUUCGAAUUGAAAGAAGCGGCGCCGGAGGAGGAGGAGAAUGGGGACGAAAUUAGGGUUUCGGACGCGGAGUUCAAGACGAUGAAGGAGCUGAUAGAUCUCGAGCUGCAGAGGAAGAAGGGUAACGGCCGAGAUUUGAGAGAAAUCGCAGGGACAUUUUGGGAAAGUGCCUCGAACAAAGUGAGGCAAUGGCGCCUGAAGCAGAAGGCCAAGAAGCUCGGAAGCGAGGGUUUCGGGUCGGAGAAGAGGAGCACACGGCGGGGGCUGAGGGAGACUCAAUCGGAGGUGGGAGAGUACGCAUUGGGCCGGAGAUCCUGCGAUACGGAUCUGGAUCCGGGUCGGAUGUCGCUGGAUGAGCCUCGGGCUUCGUGGGACGGGUACUUGAGCACCAGAGCUUACCCGAGGAUGACUCCGAUGGUUGCGGUGGUGGAGGAUGUGAAGAUGAGUGAGGAGGAGGGUUUGGAGAGCUUGGAGAGGAGUCCGGGAGGCUCCGCGCAGACUAAGGACUACUACUUUUCGCAGACGAGGCGGCGGAGGAGCUUUGAGAGGUCGAGUAGUUGUGCUCAUAGCAAAGGGGUAAUGGCGGCCGAGGUGGAUGAGUUGAAGCUGGUUUCUAGUGGUGCUACGGAGUUGUUCUACGGGGCGAAAGUGCUGAUUACAGAGAAGGAAUUGAUGGAGUCGAGUUCUUCGAAUUCAAAGUCUGUGGAAGAAGAUGGUGUGGCGGGUGGUUGUGGUGUUGGGAUUGAAGGUAUUUGUGGGAAUGCAGGUGCUGUUUCGUCGAAUGGAGUUGAUCAGAAGCCGCAGAAAUGGCACAAGAGAUGGAAGUUCUGGGGGCAGAGGAAAAGCCAGCCGAAAGUUGAUGAUGAGUCUUGGAAGAAGCUGAGGAGGGUUUCUAAUGGAGAAGCCAAUCCCACUGUUAGCCAGAAGCUGAUUCGAAGCUACAGUGUGAGCUGCAGAAACUCCUGCAAAAUGGUGGGUUUGUUUAGUAAUGUGAGCACUGUGGAGAGCAAAGGGAAUGGCUUGAAGACGCUGCAGAGGAACAGAAGUGCACGAUACUCACCGAGCAAUCUUGAUCACGGCCUGUUGAGGUUUUACUUGACGCCAUUGAGGAGCUAUAGGAGGAGUGAAUCAGGGAAGAGUAGGCUGCCAAACAACCACUCCUUGCAGACUUUGGCCAAGAAUAUGUUGUAGUAAAGGUGCACCACCAUGUCUAUGGAUGUCAUGAUGAUCAGGUCAUGUUGUAAAGCCAUAUAUAGUUGCCUUUCUUGUUCUUUUGAGAGCAAAUCUCUCCCUAACAUGUCUUUCCUAAGUCCUAACAUUGCCAAUAAUCUGAAACCGCUACCCCUAUUCCUAUUUGAUGUCUAAUCUGUCUGUAAUUGAGAUCUCAGGAGUUAAUGUUAUUUCCUAUAUGUAAAUUUCUCUAAUUUCUCAG